AGGGUGAAGGUGGGGCUGCGCGCCAGCCAGGCCAAGACCUGAUUCCUAGUGUAGAGAAGCAAGGUUGGGUGUAGAGCCGAGAAGUGACAUCCUGAUCCCUUGGCCCUGUUGCAGGCUCACUCCCACCUGCGUGCAGCCCCACCAUGGAGCCUGGCAGCGUGGAAAAUCUGUCCAUCGUGUACCAGAGCAGCGACUUCCUGGUGGUGAACAAGCACUGGGACCUGCGCAUUGAUAGCAAGACCUGGCGGGAGACCCUGACCCUACAGAAGCAGCUACGGCACCACUUUCCAGAGCUGGCUGACCCUGACACCUGCUAUGGGUUCAGGUUUUGCCACCAAUUGGACUUCUCCACCAGUGGGGCUCUAUGUGUAGCCCUGAAUAAAGCAGCCGCAGGCAGCGCUUAUAAGUGCUUCAAGGAACGGCGAGUUACCAAAGCCUACCUGGCACUGGUCCGGGGCCAUGUCCAGGAAAGCCAGGUGACAAUCAGCUAUGCCAUUGGCAGGAACAGCACAGAGGGGCGGACCCACACCAUGUGCAUCGAGGGCACACAAGGUUGCGAGAACCCUAAGCCAAGUCUCACUGAGCUGCUGGUAUUAGAGUACGGGUUGUAUGCUGGUGACCCUGUGUCCAAGGUGCUGCUGAAGCCACUCACAGGCCGGACACACCAGCUUCGUGUACACUGCAGUGCCCUUGGCCACCCUAUCGUGGGUGACCUGACUUAUGGACAGGCUGAGGACCAGGAGGACCAACCUUUCCGCAUGAUGCUGCACGCCUUCUACCUGCGCAUCCCCACACAGGCUGAGUGUGUAGAGGCCUGUACACCUGACCCCUUCCUGCCUGCCCUUGAUGCCUGCUGGAGUCCCCAUACCUGCGUUCAAUCCCUUGAACAGCUCAUCCAGGCCCUCAGGACUGACCCUGAUCCCAACCCUAUGGGUGGAGGCCCGAGGCCCUGCAGCCCCUCCAGCCCCCUGCCCAGGCCAGGUCGGCCCCCUCCUGAGACUGAGGCACAGAGAGCAUCCUGCCUGCAGUGGCUGUCAGAGUGGACACUAGAGCCAGACAACUGAGAGCCACGUGACUUUGGGGGUUGAGGGCUGCUAGACUCAGCAGCUAGGCAGCCAUGAUGGCUAAAAGACAGGGUACUUGGGUUGUAGGAGAGAUGUCCAGUAGGCAAGUCUUCCUCUCAGCAUUCCUCCAGGGGAAGCUAAGGCGUUUCCUCCUGGAACAGCUUUCUGCCUCUUCAGCUUUACCCCAGGCUUGCCCAAGCCCCUAGUCAGGAGGGGCAAAGCCAGGAGCUGGGAUCCUCCUGGGCCCCACAGUGCCUGAGAAAGGCCGUCCUGCCAUUAGCCUACCUGGACUCAGUCCCCUGCAGCCCCCAACCUGCCUCUUGCUGCCUGCCACUGUCAUGUGCCUUUGCCUUUCUGAACUCUGCCAGAGGAGGCCUCACCUCCUCUGCCUGCAUCCAGCGCUUGGCCCCAGUGCAUGAGAGUGUGUUGGGGCAUCUACAGAGACAUCCUCCAUGCAUGCCCAUUCCUCUAAACCUGGCAUGGAUGCUGUGGGUUCCUGGCUGGAGCUUCUGCCGUGUCACCACCUACCAGGCUUCCACAUAGCCAUAGAGUGUCAAGAUCAGCCUUUGGGUCCUUUCCUGAGAGCCUUCUGGGCCUCACCUAUCCACCACAACACAGCCACAGCACCCUGGCUGCAGCUAGGGUCUAAGAUUAAGAAUAAAUGUUGGGUGAUCAAUCCUGA